ACUACCCGCGAUCAAACUCACCCACGAUUUACCUGUCACAUCCAGUCCGGUGGAGUCUAGCCGCCGCAGACAACCCGAGAACAUCACAUCCACAGACGGGCGACAGUGGAAAACAGUGUGGCGUGGUACCAGUAGUACAACCGAGAUCAACGAGGCCAUAAACGUUGAGCUAUGCCCGUUGGCCAUCUCCACGGAUACAGUCAGGCUCGUGUUUGACUCCACGGAUGCUGACACAUCGCAUGGCGUGGAAUUGGAUUCGGUGCGGUGUUUUGGCAACAAAGAAUUGGGUCAACAAGUAGCGGCUACUGUCACUGAUCCUGAUUGGCGUGUCUACUAUCAACCGGGACAACCGUCAAACAGCACUAAAGAUAUUCUACUCAACUUUAUGAUCAGACCCUGUGGCUCGGGCGAGAGUUCGGCUGUGACCGUAUCACUACAAAGCGUUGUGAGACCUG